AUGGCGCCUCCCCCGGACAGCCCCCCCAUCCCACGCCACAGUACUUGCCGUAACGCAAACCCAAGGCUGCAAGAGGGCGAGAAAGGAAUAGGGAAGGAGGGGGAGGAGGAGGAGGAGGAGGAGGAGGAGGAGGAGGAGGAGGAGGAGGAGGAGGAGGAGGAGGAGGAGGAGGAGGAGGAGGAGGAGGAGGGCUGUCAGCAGCGCCUUGCCAGCGUGGCACUGAGCCACGUCAGCCACCUGGCCCGGCGUUUCAUCCACUCCGACGCCAUCGUAUCAUCCUCCGUUGCCAAAUCGCCCGCCUCCGCGCUUCUCGCCGCAUCCUCCGCUGCCGCCAGGCUUGUCCCAAAUGUUCUCCUCUCAUCCGUCGAUUCAUCGAGUGUCACGGCAGCAGCGGCUGAGCCCCCCACGGGCAGAUCCGGAAUCUCUGAUCCGGGCAAACAAAAGUCUGGUAGCGCGGGGAGUAGCGCCGAGGGCGGGGAGGUUGCCGAUGUGACUGUAUCGAAAGAGGCGCCAGCUGAAGUCAACGACAUUUUUAACGAGGGGAUUCCGGAUGAGCUGUCGGACGAGUUCUUCGAGGCAGCGAGUGCGACUAUAUCGGAUGAGGAGCUGGACAGUGUGAUGUUAAUGAGGGAUCUGGCCGGCGUUCCGGGCUUGCCCCCGUUAGAAGAGCUCCUGGCGGACGACGACGAGGCAAAGGCGCGCGCGGCACGGCGGGAGGCGGAAAAGGAGAAGCAGGCGGAGAUUGCGCGGCGGAGAGUCGCGUGCGUGGACGCGCUGGGGCGCGCGUACGGCACGGGGAGGCGGAAGACGAGCGUUGCGCGCGUGUGGCUCCGGAAGGGGAGUGGCGGAGUGGUGGUGAACGGGCAGCCGUUGGAUCUGUACUUUCCCGAUCUGGCGCAGCGCGCGGCGAUGCUGGAGCCGUUCGUGGAAACUGGCACGGCUGGGGUGUUCGACGUGAAGGCUACCGUGAAAGGCGGAGGCGUGUCAGGUGAGAAAUGCAUGUGGCAGGGAUGCUCAGGUGGGAAGGAUGGCAGGUGGGAGGGAUGGCAGGUGGGAGGGAUGGCAGGUGGGAGGGAUGGCAGGUGGGAGGGAUGGCAGGUGGGAGGGAUGGCAGGUGGGAGGGAUGGCAGGUGGGAGGGAUGGCAGGGCCAAGCGGGUGCCAUGCGGCACGGCAUCAGCCGAGCGUUGCAGCAGUUUGAUCCCACGUACCGCCCGGCCCUCAAGUCCGCCCAUUGUGAUUCUCCCGCGGCUCCUCCCCCCAGCUCAGACCCCACAUUGGCCACCUGGCGCCAACCCGCAGACAUCCGCCGUCGAAUCUCGGCCCCCCAUCCAUCCCCCCUCUUCCCCCUACUUCUCUCCCCUUCCCCGAGGCCGCCCACCAACUCCCCAUUCCUCCGCCCCCCGCUGCGCCAACCCAACCACCAUGUCCACAUUUGGGUAUUUAUUCACACAUUGGAUUCCCUGUCCCUCAAUCUUGUCCGCUCCGCAUUCACCCUCACUCUCACUCGCUCUCUCCAAUUCUCCAAUUCGCCCCAUUUCAUUCGACCCCCCGUCAGCUCAACCGCGCCGCAAGCAAUGGCGACCACGAUCUUGGCCAAAGAGGCGACGCCCGCGGCAGUGGCGGCGAUUCAGGAGAACUUCAGCGGCGCAGUGGAGGAGGCGGAGUUUAUCGACACGGUCGCCGCGAAGCUGCGGGAGCAUGGCUUUAAGAGGGACAACUGUAUUGCGCUGGUGAGCACGUGUCGCGACGAGGCGUCGCGGCUGUUCGACGGGUUGGUCGACAAGCACUUCGGGCUCGUCUUCUCGCUUAACGGACUCGCCGGCGUGCCGCCCGGCGGCGUGCUCGCCGUCAAGGCCGGCACGUCGCACAGCCCGCAGGACGCGACAGGCCGCGAGCGAUCCACUAAUCAUUCCCUCCCGUCUUCGUUCGUUCGUUCGUUCUGCGGCACGGCACGAGCAGACGUGUUCUUCGGCUUCACGCACAUUGGCAUUGACGACUCCGGCAUGGCCGGCAAGAUGCGCCGCAACGGGCGCGCGGCCAUGUCGGGCGCGUGCGGUGCGCUGGCGGCGCUGACGGCGCAGCUCAAGGACGGAAAGGGGCUGGGGGAGGCGGACGAGGAGGACAUGGAGGCUUACCUGCUCUUCAAGAAGCUGCGCGUUAAGGACCCACCGGCUAACAUCGUGGCCGUGACCAAGGCAGCAGUUGCUGUAAUCAACGACACGCUCGAGAAGAUAAUCGCCAAAGUCGUGGACGCAACCAAGGCGGACUAUGCCGUAUUUACAGGCGUGCAGAUCCACUCCAACUGCUAUCCCUCGGGCUCCACGGGCGGUGUGGCCCCGUUCAAGCUGGCCCCGUUCAAGCUGAGUGAGACGGUGGAGUAUGUGUCGCCGUCGCUGGGGUAUGUGGUGGUUAAUGGGGUGAAGACCCCCCUGAAGCUCACCAAGGAGGUGUGA